UCAUUUUGUUUAUCUUGAAAAGCGCCACCUAUACUAUGGGUUGUUGGAAGCCAUACUGAACCGAGUUCUUUGCAAAAUGAUGCAACCACAGAUUAUUCUCCUGAAGGAGGGGACAGAUACAUCACAAGGCAAAGGGCAGAUAAUAAGUAAUGUCAAUGCCUGUCAGAUCAUUGCUGAUGCUGUCAGGACCACCCUAGGCCCUAGGGGAAUGGACAAACUCAUUGUUGAUGACAGAGGAAAGGCAACAAUAUCCAAUGAUGGGGCCACCAUUUUGAAGUUAUUAGAUGUAGUUCAUCCUGCAGCUAAAACAUUAGUAGACAUAGCCAAGUCUCAAGAUGCAGAGGUGGGAGAUGGGACAACCAGUGUAACUUUACUUGCAGGAGAAUUUCUUAAACAGUGUAAACCAUUUAUAGAAGAGGGUGUUCAUCCAAAUAUAAUCAUCAGAGCCUUUAGGAAAGCAACUAAUUUGGCUGUUUCAAAGAUAAGGGAAAUUUCUGUUAAAGUCCAAAAGGAUGAUCCAAAACAAGGCAGGGAAUUACUUUUGAAGUGUGCCUCCACUGCAUUAAGUUCUAAGCUAGUAGCCAUGCAGAAAGAUUUCUUUGCCAGUAUGGUGGUGGACGCUGUCAUGUUGUUGGAUGAAUUACUUCCUUUGAACAUGAUUGGUGUGAAGAAGGUGCAAGGAGGAGCUUUAGAGGAUUCCUUACUAGUUGCUGGAGUGGCCUUCAAAAAGACUUUUAGUUAUGCUGGAUUUGAAAUGCAACCAAAGAAAUACACAAAACCAAGAAUUGCCUUGUUGAAUAUUGAACUGGAACUCAAGGCAGAGAAAGAAAAUGCUGAAGUCAGAGUUGAUUCUGUAGAGGAGUACCAAGCUGUUGUUGAUGCUGAGUGGAACAUUCUGUACGAAAAAUUAGAAAAAAUCCAUAAGAGUGGGGCCAAAGUUGUGCUUUCCAAACUUCCAAUUGGUGAUGUGGCUACACAGUAUUUUGCAGACAGGGAUCUGUUCUGUGCUGGCCGAGUACCAGACGAGGACUUGAAAAGAACACUGAAGGCUUGUGGAGGUUCCAUUCAAACCACAGUGGCAAAUCUCACGGAUGAUGUACUAGGCACCUGUGAGCUGUUUGAGGAACAGCAGAUAGGUGGAGAGAGGUUUAAUAUAUUUACUGGGUGUCCUCAAGCAAAGACUUGCACUCUGAUCUUGAGAGGAGGUGCUGAGCAGUUCAUUGAGGAGACGGAGAGGUCCCUACACGAUGCUAUCAUGAUCGUCAGGAGGGCGAUAAAGAAUGAUGCUGUAGUAGCAGGUGGUGGAGCUAUUGAAAUGGAAUUAAGUAAAUAUUUAAGGGACCACUCUCGUACAAUUGCUGGCAAGGAGCAGCUACUCAUUGGAGCCAUGGCCAAGGCUCUGGAGGUCAUUCCUAGACAGCUGUGUGAUAAUGCUGGCUUUGAUGCUACUAAUAUUCUCAAUAAAUUGCGACAGAAACAUGCACAAGGUGGCACAUGGUAUGGAGUUGACAUUACAGCUGAAGAUAUUGCUGAUAAUUUGAAGGCUUGUGUGUGGGAACCAGCCAUAGUAAAAAUCAAUGCUCUUACAGCAGCCUCUGAGGCUGCAUGCCUCAUACUCUCUGUGGAUGAGACAAUCAAGAAUCCAAAGGCUGGUGAGGGAGGUCCUGCAGGCAGAGGCCGAGGCAGGCCUAUGUGAUGAUUAUAUAGUUUACUCUUGGCUUGACACUACAUGGACUUGAAGUGAGGACCAACACUGGACUCUGUUGAUGCUUAUGGGUUGCAUCUGCGUGGCUCUUACAGAUACAUGCUCACCUUUGAAAACUGUCAACUACUCAUCUAGAUAACUGGCAUACAAUAUCAGUUGUUUGCAAAUAGGGGAUAAAAUCUGUGGAUGUAUGGCUUAUCAUAGAUGGUUGGAACUCCACAAAGGGGUAUUAACAAUAACAGUGGUUGCCAAUAUGAUGAACAAAAUUAUUUAAAUAGUCAAUUGUGAUGUGUCAUUAUCAUAUAUUAUAUCGUGUGACUUUUCUUUUGUAAAUUGAAAUUGUUUUGCACCAAUUAACGGCGUUUUGUUUUAAGAAUAAAGAAAAAUCUUGUAAAGAAA